GGCCACCCGGAGUGAAGCAGCCGGGUUGGGCGUUAAGCAGGCCGCGGCUAGGGUGGAUGGAGAGGGGGCAUUCGCUCCUCUGGGACUUUUCUUGCCUCGUUUUUUUUUUCUGAUGUGGCUUGGUCCGGACGCGGAGUCCCAGCAGCCAGCUUGAGCUUACUCUUUUGUGAAAGGGGAAGGUAUCCCCUGUGGGAAGCGGUUAAACUUGUGGAGGGGGUGCUAGACGGGAGUUCUCCUCCAUGCCAGGGGAAUGGUGCGGCCUUGAACUGGUCCAGGAGCCGGCUGGAGGUGUCUGAGGGAGGCCCCGUAGGGGGCGGGGAGGUGGCCCGCAGAACGCGGGUUCUGUAAAGAGACGUCGGGAAGAUUCAGUUCCAAGAAGAGGAAGAGCCGGAUUGAAAGAGCCAGGCCGUUGAGGGGGAGGGGGCUGCCAAGAUGGCGUCGGCCUCCUCCGGGCUGUCGUCGGCGGUCGGUUUUUCAUCCUUUGAUCCCGGGGUCCCUUCCUGUACCUCGUCCUCAGAAGCAUCUGGAAUCAAGAGACCCACAGCAUCUGAGGUGCCUUAUACCUCUGGCAUGCCCAUCAAGAAAAUAGGCCAUCGAGGUGUUGAUUCCUCAGGAGAGACAACAUAUAAAAAGACAACCUCAUCAGCCUUGAAAGGUGCCAUCCAGUUAGGCAUUACUCACACUGUGGGGAGCCUGAGUACUAAACCAGAGCGAGAUGUCCUCAUGCAAGAUUUCUACGUGGUGGAGAGUAUCUUCUUCCCCAGUGAAGGAAGCAACCUGACCCCUGCUCAUCACUACAAUGACUUUCGUUUCAAGACCUAUGCACCUGUUGCCUUCCGCUACUUUCGGGAGCUAUUUGGUAUCCGACCUGAUGAUUACCUGUACUCCCUCUGUAGUGAGCCGCUGAUUGAACUCUGUAGCUCUGGAGCUAGUGGUUCCCUGUUCUAUGUGUCCAGCGAUGAUGAGUUUCACUGAAAAUCAGCUAAGUUGUUCUCCUACCUCUGUUUACUUUUGUGUUCUCAGAACCUCAACCAGAACCCUCGGACUUUGCUGCCUAAAUUCUAUGGACUAUACUGUGUGCAGGCAGGUGGCAAGAACAUUCGGAUUGUGGUGAUGAAUAAUCUUUUACCAAGAUCAGUCAAAAUGCAUAUCAAAUAUGACCUCAAAGGCUCAACCUACAAACGGCGGGCUUCCCAGAAAGAGCGAGAGAAGCCUCUUCCCACAUUUAAAGACCUAGACUUCUUACAAGACAUCCCUGAUGGUCUUUUUUUGGAUGCUGACAUGUACAAUGCCCUAUGUAAGACCCUGCAGCGUGACUGUUUGGUGCUGCAGAGCUUCAAGAUAAUGGACUAUAGCCUCUUGAUGUCAAUCCACAAUAUAGAUCAUGCACAACGAGAGCCCUUAAGCAGUGAAACGCAAUACUCAGUUGACACUCGAAGACCGGCCCCUCAAAAGGCUCUGUAUUCUACAGCCAUGGAAUCCAUCCAGGGAGAGGCUCGACGGGGCGGCACUAUGGAGACCGAUGACCAUAUGGGUGGCAUCCCUGCCCGGAAUAGUAAAGGGGAAAGGCUUCUGCUUUAUAUUGGCAUCAUUGACAUUCUACAGUCUUACAGGUUUGUUAAGAAGUUGGAGCACUCUUGGAAAGCCCUGGUACAUGACGGGGACACUGUCUCAGUGCAUCGCCCAGGUUUCUACGCUGAACGAUUCCAGCGUUUCAUGUGCAACACAGUAUUUAAGAAGAUCCCCUUGAAGCCUUCUCCUUCCAAAAAGUUCCGGUCUGGUUCAUCUUUCUCUCGGCGAGCAGGCUCCAGUGGCAACUCCUGCAUUACUUACCAGCCAUCAGUCUCUGGGGAACACAAGGAACAAGUGACAACAAAGGCGGAAGUGGAGCCAGGAGUUCAUCUUGGCCGUCCUGAUGUUUUACCUCAGACUCCACCUUUGGAGGAAAUCAAUGAGGGCUCACCUAUUCCUGACCCCAGUUUCUCACCUGUAGUUGGAGAGACUUUGCAAAUGCGAACUACAAGUACAACCUUGGAAAAGCUUGAAAUUGCAGAGUCAGAGUUCACCCAUUAAGUGCAAAGCCUCAGAAGACCUGGAACGAGAUUCUGUCAUCUCUGUGAUCCCAAGAUGUCAGCCUUUGCCCCACCAAUGUUGAAUUUUCUUCUACUUGGUCAUCAAAAAAUGAGUGUAAUAGAAGCGAGGGGAGCUCUCCAUUUUCUUCCUGAAGAAGAACCUCCUCUCCUUCCCCUUCCUCAUGAAUGGGCAUUGGUGCCUCAGGCAGUUGAGGACCGCAGCAUCCCCUCCACUCCAGAGUUGGGUAGCACGGAUUUUCAACUGGCUAACCUUGGCUUCCACAAUUGAAUUUUUUUCAGACCCCUAUUCUUCAUGCUGGAAAUGGGAUUGCUAGACAUGGCAGUUUUCUUUCCCUUCUUCUUUCACUAGGAACUGGACUCUUUAAUUUCCUCAGGACAGACUAGCUAGCACAUUAUCCUUGCCUUCGUUCUUUCUCUCUGAUCCCUGGAAGAAGACUCCUGUAAUCUCUAUAAAAGUUUUUGGGGGAUAAGGGUAUUUAAACCACCUCCCAACUUUUUUUUUUUUUUUUUUUUUUUUUGAAAAAAGGAAAAAGCGCACAGCACACAACUUUAAGCCAGUUUCAGAUCAAAACUCCAUAAGUGUUGACGAGAUGCCUAUUCUUAGGGUUCCCUCAGAAGAGCCAUGGUAUUUGUGAAGAGUAGUGAUUGCUCUGCCAGAAGCAGCUCCUCUAAACUCGUCCUCUCUUGAUGAAUUUCUUAAGGCUGAAGGAAUGGAGAGAGAGGGACGUGGGGUAUUCUUUACCCCUUUUGUUAAAACAUGAGGCAGCCAUGGGCUGGGAGAUCAUAGCCCUUUCUAGGCAGAAUCCUAUUCACUGCCCGACUAUAAUGAUUAUUACUAUUUUGCAAGUUGGAGUAUAUUCUGGUUGUUUUUUUAAAUAUAAAGACUUACCAAAUGAAUUAGAUCAUUCUCCAGAGGAGAUUUUUUUUUGCUCUUCCCAUCUUUUCCAACAGUGUUCUCCUAUUUGUGGAGCUAAGUUGAAGAGGGGACACCUCUGUCUGUUUAACAGGCAGUCCAUAUCUACGAGGCCAGCAAAUAUUUUCUUAAACUCAUGGGAAGACAGCAGAUUCUUGCCUCGGUGAGGUCAUUGCUGUGCCGUAUGUCCUACCCCCCUGUCUUCAUGCAGGGAAGUUGGAAAAGGUGGCUACAUAUGCCCUCUCCUCCCCAUCUACAAGAGUUACGGUUUUCCAUCUGAUCCUUCUAUUCUUAUCAGGGGAAGAAGGGGGCCUGGUAUCUCAGGCAGCUUGUUGAAUUGCUGUUCUAUCCCUUCUCUGUCCCACCCUGCCCUGAUAGUAGGUUAGUUCAUACCCCAAAUAACUGUCUAUAUUAGACACCCCCAGCCAGUUUCUGGCUGCCUGUCUUUGCUGCCAUGUUCUUUUUUACAAGAAGGAAAGAAACAGUUCUUGCUAUUUUUUUUUUCAUAAUUUACUAUUUAUGAUGUAUUUAAGUGUUUUAUUAUGGGCAGAGUUCUGUAAGGGGUGGGAGGGAAUAUUUGAGGGAGGGCUGGGUGGGUCUUACGGAAAGGAAUGGGGAGUCAACAUUUUUAUGAAGUGUCACUAUUUGCCUCUACUUUGUAUUGUUCAGAAAUGGCAAAUGCAGUAUAAAAGUGAUAUAUGGUUUUAAUGUAAUAAACUUUAAUCAGUUAUUUAAA